AUGGCCUCGUCUCAGCCUCCCGGACUCGCCUCCAGCCGACCCCGAAGCAUUUCACCUCGAAUUUCAAAGGAGUUGCGCCUCGUCAUUCUCCAGGAUGUACAACCAAAGGCCGCGGUGGACAAUGGACCAGACGAAAGAAAUGUCCAAAGUGACCUCGAGAAGGUGAAUCGAGGGCUAGACAGCGUCGACGAUGCCAGCUCAACUACGUCGAACAAGUCAAAACCUGAUCCGAAGAAGUGUUGGGUAUGCAAAAAACCGGCGGACCUGUCCAUGCGUCUAGUGCAAUGUACUAAAUGUCGCGUUGCCUUUCAUGAAGGCUGUCCUACUCCGCGGAUAUUUGGCGAUGGAUGUGUAAAAAAAGCACAGCAGAUAUUAUCUGGAACCGCACCUUCUAUUGCUCCACGCAGCCAUGCAGAGCCGUCAAAAUCAACGCAGAAAUCAACGCACAAGCCAAUGGCGUGUGAAGUGUCUGGCUGUCCCAGAUCGGUUCCGUUUACUUUUACAGAUACAACGGUCACGCGUCAGUUAUGUUUUACUCACAGACUCGGCCAGAAACCUGCCGCUGCUCUUCAAAAGCCCGCCUCAAAACCCGCAACGACGUCCAGACCUUUCAAUAAGACCAAGUUAUAUCCUGUUCGCCCAGAUGAUAGACAAUUCGUGAAGAAGAGGAAGCGUUCUUCGUCGGAGAGACUGGCAACUGCGAUUUCAGACGGCUCGCCGCCACAUCCAGUAUCCAAAAAAGCUAUAUCAGCCGUAGCUCCAAGUCGUAAGUCUGUACAGCGAGGUCCCAACCAAACGACCGAGGUACCACAGAAUAUGCAGAACACCGCUUCGAGGGAUGCGCUCGCUGCACCGAUCCAGGAUUUCCAGAACUUGCUCAACGCCAGAGCCUUGCAACCACCAAUAGCAGCUGCUACUCUAGUAGCAGAUCCCGCUUUACAACGUAUGAAUCUCAAGCACAAUGCAAAGCCAAUUAGCACAGUUGCUAGGCCACCCGGUGUACAAAAUGGCGAUCCUCAGAAGAAUUUAGCACCUAAACUUUCAGAGCCCGAUGUCAGCGCUUCGAAUAAUCUUGCCGGUGAAGUGCUCGGCCAAAAGAAUCUUCAUCACGCUCAAGACAAGGUCCGACCUCGCAAAGUUGCCGCGUCUCGGCCUCAGAGCUCGGGGGAGGACAGCCCCUCGUCACAAGUGGAUCUGAAUAUAAGAGCUACUGGUGGGAAUGCUAGUGCUUUUUCGCUACCCUUAUCUUCUUCCCAUGAUGAAAGAUUCCCGCCAGACGUUAUUCCAGGAAGACACCUGAAGCCGCGCCCUAUUCUACCGGCAAACGAAGACGCAGCUGCUACGACGACUCUUUUAAGAAAGCAAUUUCUAUAUCCAAAAACUCCGUCUCCAAUGAUUAUGACAUCUCCGGUCAACACACAAGAAGAGGAGAGUGCCUCUAAACCCAGUUCCCCAUCUGUAUUUCCGCUUGAUAGAACAUUCUCGCGACGGAUCACACCGAGUACUCAUCCUACACGAAGAAGCCCUGAAUCGUCCCCGAUUAUCCCUGGAAUCAAUACUCCGUGGUCUCCUGUCCGCGACCUCGGAAGUAACUAUGAAAAUAUGGUACUGAACCCAGAGAGGAGCCCCCCGUUGCGAGAGGUCAUCCCGGGAAUCAACACACCAUUGUCUCCUAUCAACGAUUUCGAAAACGAAGAAGAGGUUAUCGAUCAGCAUGAAAAAUCGCCUGGCAUGGAAAGCCUUUCCCUAAUGACAGACUCUUACGAUGAGAGUAUCCUCGACUCCUUCCUGAAGAGGCAAUCCGAGCGUGAUCCGUUCUACCACCCCACAGCACGGGAAUUACUCGAUACACAACGAUGGAGUACCAUCGAUCCAAGGACUGCCUGGCCUAAAAAGCUAGGCACCCUACAAAAGGAGCAGAAGGUGCUCGAGAUCAAAGCACGGGGGAGCCGGAAAACCAAUUUUGGCAAACACCUGAGACCACAUAUCGUGCAGGAGAGAAAGUUGGCGGGUUGGGAUGUACACCAGUCUUGCGAAAGAAAGACUGAUCAAAAGAGCAUGGAGAUGAUCUCAAGGUUGGAAGAGCUUUUUGGUCCUGGCAUAGGCAACUGUGUACCGACGAUUAUCGAUAAACGGUUCGUUAUGCAAGAGAGGGGACGGGAGCCUGAACCAAAGAAGCCAGGUCGGCAGAAGGCCACGAUCCCGUUACGAGUCUUUCCUAUGAGACAGUGA